UCGCCAGCCGCACCCAUGCUUCUGGCGCGGAUGAACCCACAGGUGCAGCCUGAGAACAGCGGGGCGGGCCCGGGGUCGGAGCAGCCCCAGCGGAAGCGCAAAGCUGCAGAACUCUUGGUGGUGAAAGAGCGCAACGGCGUCCAGUGCCUCCUGGCAUCCCGCGACGGCGACGAGCAGCCCCGGGAGACCUGGGGCAAGAAAAUCGACUUUCUGCUGUCGGUGGUCGGCUUCGCCGUAGACCUGGCCAACGUGUGGCGCUUCCCCUAUCUCUGCUACAAGAACGGCGGAGGUGCCUUUCUGAUCCCGUACACCCUGUUCCUCAUCAUCGCCGGCAUGCCCCUGUUCUACAUGGAGCUGGCUCUGGGCCAGUACAACCGGGAAGGGGCAGCCACCGUGUGGAAGAUCUGCCCGUUUUUCAAAGGAGUUGGCUACGCUGUGAUCCUCAUUGCACUCUACGUUGGCUUCUACUACAAUGUCAUCAUUGCCUGGUCACUCUACUACCUCUUCUCCUCCUUCACCCUUAACCUGCCCUGGACUGACUGCGGCCAUGCCUGGAACAGCCCCAACUGCACCGACCCCAAGCUCCUCAACAGCUCCGUGCUGGGCAACCAUACCACGUACUCCAAGUACAAGUUCACGCCGGCAGCAGAGUUUUAUGAACGUGGCGUCCUGCACCUUCACGAGAGCAGUGGGAUUCAUGACAUCGGCCUGCCCCAGUGGCAGCUCUUGCUCUGUCUGAUUGUCGUCGUCGUCGUCCUGUUUUUUAGCCUCUGGAAAGGAGUGAAGACAUCAGGAAAGGUGGUGUGGAUCACGGCCACGCUGCCUUACCUCGUGCUGUUUGUACUCCUGGUCCACGGCAUCACACUGCCCGGCGCUUCCAAUGGCAUCAACGCCUACCUGCACAUCGACUUCUACCGUCUGAAAGAGGCCACGGUAUGGAUUGAUGCUGCAACUCAGAUAUUUUUUUCCUUGGGCGCUGGAUUUGGUGUCUUGAUUGCAUUUGCUAGUUACAACAAAUUUGACAACAACUGCUAUAGGGAUGCCCUGCUCACCAGCACCAUCAACUGUGUCACCAGCUUCAUCUCUGGGUUCGCCAUCUUCUCCAUCCUUGGUUACAUGGCCCAUGAACACAAGGUCAACAUUGAGGAUGUUGCCACUGAAGGAGCUGGCCUGGUCUUCAUCCUGUACCCAGAAGCCAUUUCCACCCUAUCAGGAUCCACGUUCUGGGCUGUCGUGUUCUUCGUCAUGCUCCUGGCUCUGGGAAUUGACAGCUCAAUGGGAGGCAUGGAGGCGGUCAUCACGGGCCUGGCCGACGACUUCCAGGUCCUGAAACGACACCGGAAACUCUUCACAUUUGGUGUCUCCUUUGGAACCUUCCUUCUGGCCCUGUUUUGCAUAACCAAGGGUGGAAUAUACGUGCUGACCCUGCUGGACACGUUUGCGGCGGGAACCUCCAUUCUGUUUGCUGUGCUCAUGGAGGCCAUAGGCGUCUCCUGGUUUUAUGGUGUGGACAGGUUCAGCAACGACAUCCAGCAGAUGAUGGGGUUCAAGCCGGGCCUGUACUGGAGACUCUGCUGGAAGUUUGUCAGCCCUGCGUUCCUCCUGUUUGUGGUGGUCGUGAGCAUCAUCAAUUUCAAGCCGCUCACCUACGAUGACUACAUCUUCCCACUCUGGGCCAACUGGGUCGGGUGGGGCAUCGCGGGCUCCUCCAUGGUCCUGGUGCCUGCCUACGUCGUCUACAAGUUCCUCAGCACGCGGGGCUCCCUUCGCGAGAGACUGGCCUAUGGCAUCACCCCAGAGAACGAGCAUCACCUGGUGGCCCAGAGGGACGUCAGGCAGUUCCAAUUGGAACACUGGCUGGCCAUCUGA